AUGCUAGUGUUCAUGGAUGACAAAGAGAGGUCGCUUAGAGGGGUUAUGGAAUUUUUGAGGGAGUUUGAGAGAGAAGCGGGGCUAGUAAUCAAUGUCUCGAAAUCUUCUCUGUUUGUGGCGGGUAGAUUUGAUCAAUCUCUCCUCCAAACUGCUUUGGAGCUUGGUUUUCCGUUGGAACAACUGCCUAUUAGAUACAUGGGUUUACCUCUCACGACGAAGACUUUCCGUCUCCCAAAGCGCUGCUUCUACACUAUUGAAAGCAUGUGCUCAGCUUUCCUUUGGUCUGGAUCACCUCAUGAUUCCUCUAAAGCAAAGGUAUCAUGGAAUGACGUCUGUAGACCAAAGACGGAAGGAGGUCUAGGAAUUCGACGAAUGCACGAUUCUUCUCGAGUCUUUGCGUUAAAGCUGGUUUGGCGAUUAUUCACCAGCCCACAAUCGUUAUGGUUCAGUUGGACUCGCCAUUAUCUUCUCUGCCACUCAUUGUUCUGGGAAAUUCCUGAGGGAUCUAGGGGCUCUUGGAUAUGGAGAAAAUUGCUGAAGCUCCGUCCGAUAGCGGCGCCUUUUAUUCGUCACAUCAUUGGAAAUGGAGAAUCCACCUUGUUCUGGUUUGAUAACUGGCUGAAUAUUGGGGGACUUAUUGACAUUAUUGGUGAUGCUGGAACGAGGGUUUUGGAAAUUGAUCGUCAAGCUAUGGUUUCUGCAGCGGUGCAAAAUCAGACAUGGAGAAUUCAUCGAUGCAGAGGAGAACACUUGCAGGCGAUUUUAAGCAGCAUCAGGUCUUUGCCAGUUCCGAGUGCAUCUGAUGGCUCGAAUAUGGUCUUAUUGCGUCAUGAUAUUAAUGAAUACAAGGAGCACUUCUCCUCUCGAGCAACGUGGGAUCAAAUCAGAGAGCCUCGCCAGACUGUCUGGUCGAACCAACUGGUGUGGUUCUCUCAAGCCAUUCCUCGUCAUGCCUUCAUCGUGUGGUUAGCCGUUCGUGACAGACUAGCUAUGGGGAGCAGAAUGAGGCAAUGGGGUUUAGUGCAAGACUCUUCUGUGCUCUUGAAAGGCAAAACGAACCCUGACUGGGAAAUCACCAUCUGCUCUGUUGCGUGUCAUCAGAGGACCAGAUCGGACUACAUUCUGGCUCGUUUGGCACUACAGGCUUCGAUCUAUGGUAUCUGGAGAGAGAGGAAUGGACGGCGACACCAGCGACCUCCUCGUUCCGCUCUCAUGCUCACUCAUGCGAUUGAUCGGGAUGUCUGCAACCGCCUCAAAUCGCUUGCAACAUCCCACGAAGAAGAAGACUCGGAGUUAUUGACCCAUUGGCUGAGUAUGCGAGGCCCUCUUCCCAGAUGA